AUGCUAAACAUACAAAAUUAUGGCAGCAGUUCGGAAGAUGAAUCUGAUGACAAUUCGGAUGAUAGAAAACAAAAUAGUAAUGAGACAUUAUUGACUCAUUUAAAACCUGUUGAUCCCAACCUAUCCUUAGCGAGGAAAAUGGAAAUAUGUGCUGCUCCCAUUGUGACACCCACGAAUAACGACGACACUAGAGUGUUAAUUCGAAACAAUCAAGAGCUUAUGCACAACCCGAAAUAUGAAGAAUUGUUUGCUCCAGAAUAUGGCCCAGAGAAUCCAUUUCAAACACAGCAGAUGAAAGCUAAUAGGAAUAUGUUGUCGGGGUACGUUGAGAAAGCACAUAUCAGUGAAUUUCAAUUCGAAAACCAAAGACGUACAUUUACAAGUUAUGGUUAUGCUGUUGAUCCAUCAACAGAUGGCGAUACUGGAAGUGGAGAUGCGAUUGUGGUUUCAGCAAUGGUGGCACCCCCAGCAGAAACUGAGGGUAAGACAGUGUUUGAAACUGUUAAAAAAAGACCAUUGGACAAUCGGAAAAGGAGCAAAAAUGAUGACCCUGGGGACAUAAAUGGAUUUCUUGGACCUUGGGGUGGCUACAUAGGAGAGCAAAGAGUAAUGAAGCCAGAAGGUGACGAAGCAAAAGAACUGCAAGAGAUAUUAGCUAAAAGACAGAAAAAGGGCAAAGUGGAUGAUGACAAACCUUUGGAGGAGAAAUCUAUAUUCCAUUUGGAUCAGGCUACAGAUUAUCAAGGCCGCUCAUGGCUUGAGCCUCCAAGAAGCGAAACACAGUUGCGAAGUGACACUCCACCGGAUAAAUGCUUCCUGCCUAAGGCGCACGUGCAUACGUGGAAGGGGCACACGAAGGGCGUGGCGGCGGUGCGUUGGUUCCCCGCCACGGCGCACCUGAUGCUGUCAGCCGGCAUGGACUGCAGGGUCAAGAUCUGGGAGGUGUACGGCGACCGGCGCUGCGUGCGGACGUACUUCGGCCACCGGCAGGCCGUCAGGGACGUCAACUUCAACAACGCGGGCGACAGGUUCCUCUCCGCCGCGUACGACCGCUACAUAAAGCUGUGGGACACGGAGACGGGCGCGUGCGUGUCGCGCUUCACGUCGCGCAAGGUGCCCUACUGCGCCAAGUUCCACCCCGACGCCGACAAGCAGCACCUCUUCGUGGCGGGCACCUCCGACAAGAAGAUCGUCUGCUGGGACAUUCGGAGCGGCGAGGUGGUGCAGGAGUAUGACCGCCACCUGGGCGCGGUCAACACCAUCACCUUCGUGGAUGACAACAGGAGAUUCGUCACCACUUCGGAUGACAAGAGUCUUCGCGUCUGGGAAUGGGACAUCCCCGUGGACAUGAAGUACAUAGCGGACCCGUCGAUGCACUCGCUGCCGGCCGUGAGCCUGGCCCCCAACGGCAAGUGGCUGGCCUGCCAGUCCAUGGACAACAAGGUGAUCGUGUUCAGCGCGCUCAACCGCUUCAAGAUGAACCGCAAGAAGACCUUCACCGGCCACAUGGUGGCCGGCUACGCCUGCGCGGUCGACUUCUCGCCGGACAUGAGCUAUCUCGUAUCGGGCGACGCCGACGGCAAGUGUUACGUUUGGGACUGGAAGACCACGAAACUGUACAAGAAAUGGAAGGCGCACGACGGCGUGUGCAUUUCCUCCCUGUGGCAUCCCCACGAGCCGAGCAAGCUCCUCACGGCGGGCUGGGACGGCGUGAUAAAAUAUUGGGAU